UCGGUUCGGUCGGCGGUUGGUUAGAGGAGGAAAAGAGGAGAAGGAGGAGGGUGCGAAAAAAUUCCCGUCGAAGGGGAGCGGAUUUGUUUUUAUUUAUAAUUGAUUUCCCUUGAGGAAAAAAUAACUCUCGCCGUUGUGAAAAGCCUGUUUUGUAACAAGAGAAAUCUCAGACAUCGAACUGUUGUGAUUAGCAUCUAGUGGAAAACGCGAUGUUCAGUCAACGGUUUACCUCCUGGUCAGAUCUCCUCAGGCACAGCCUGUGAACUCUGCUGCCAAGAGGGGAAUGGCCCCAGCCCUGACCAAAAUCCUGAAAAAUGGCCAUGGGAUCCACUUGUCUUCGCCUCCUGCCUCUGCCACAAUAGACUCGAAUGGGAGAGCCAUGUGUGCUACAGAGCUGGAUCCUCAUAUGAGAUCCACAGAUGAUGGUGACCUCCAGAAUAUAUGGCUAAACCUUUGCUCUUUUCGUGCUCUGGACCCUUGCUUCCCUUCAUGCGCCCCGGAUGCCUCUGUGAACCCCGGGCUUUCAUCGUGCGUGGAGACGUCUGCCAGCCAGUGUGAGAUGGUACCCCUGUCCAGUCCAGGCUCUCUUGUCAGGUUUCUCUCUUUUAAUAAAUGCCACAGAGAUUCCCAGCAGGUGUCCACUGUCUUCCCAGGUGUGUCCGACAUGUUUUUAAUCCCUGUUCCGGAACACAAUAGCCAAGGGGCUUGUCUGAUGCAUGGACAAAGUGCGGUUCCUGAAUAUGGACCAGAUGGUGCUGAUGUGCAUCACUCCUAUUUUAAUCUUGCAGGUCCCCCUUAUUCCCAUGGAGACAUUAGGUUUUGGAGUGACACUCAGUUGCUUGCAACCCAACCUACAAUUAAGUAUGAGGAAGUAACUAGAAUGGCCUGCCCCCCUCUUCCUUCUUGCCAUCCAUCUUCAGUGCAGCCUGGCAUUGGCAUGGUAAACCGUGAUCAUCAGGGAUCAAAUACUGUGUUAGAAGAGGCUGUGAAGGAGCAGCUGUCCAGGCAGGCAGGGCUAGAAGGCCGUGCUUGGAGGCUACAAAGGAGACUGAAGGCCCUGCUGGGAGAGCAUGCUUUGUUACACUGCAGCCAGCAGUUGGAGGGACUGAAGAAUCACUGUCAACUUGGAGAUGUUUCACAUGACCACCUGGAGUCUAUCCAUUAUGGUUUAGCAUCUCCACAAGCAUGCACUAAUCCUCAGUUUUCUUGGCAAGAGUUGUCCAGAGCCUCGCCUUUCUUUACAGAGGUCAGAGAGUUCAGCUACUCCAGCCAAAAGUUGCUGAAAGGCCUGCAGGAGGACCUGGACUCAGAGGCCACAGGCAGCAGCAGCUCAGAUGAGGAGUCAGAGGAGGACAAGAUUUAUGGCAAGAUUUCACCUGUCAGCAGCAACUGUGAGAAACAGUGGCUGGAAGAGAGAGCAGAGCUGAGCAGCAGAUGGAGCUGGUUGCAGCUGCGCCUGGCCGAGCUGGAAGGGAGGAUCCAAGAGCUGGUCAAGCUCCACAGGCACUUAUGCUCCACUAAGGGUGGGGUAGUGCUUGCAGAGUCCCAACCACUGACUGACAGGCAGAUUCAGCACACUCUGAUGAGGGAAAUGGCUGGGUUGUCCUGCACAGCUGCAGAUACAGACACUGAACCCUGGAGCCCCACACACCUUCUGCACAACAUACAGAGACAGAGUGCCCAGCUUAACCAGAUUGUGAACAGUCUGAUGCCUCCCCUCAGCUUUUCACCACUCUCUAAGCAAACCCAGACCUCAAAGGGAAGGAGAGCCCUCACAAGUUGUCAGAGUGGAGAUGAUGUAUUUGUGUCUGGGAGCUCUAAGAGAAAGAAACUGUGGACCAGGAGACUCUUCAAAGCUGAUGUCUCAUGUGUGUGUGCUCGCGCCCGACCCCUUAUCACCUACCACAAACGCAAAUUAUUCACUUUCAACAACGACAACCCUGCAUGUGCACUGAAAUCAAGGAAGUCAAUGUCUGCAUUCUCCUCUUCUCUCUCAUCAACUUCCUGUUCAUGUGGCUCUUCUUGUGAUCCUGUAGCGUUGUGCUCUGAUCCAGACUGCAGCUCCAGUUCUAUCCUGUUGUCCAGUGCUUCUAGCUCCAGGCCUCACUCUGUCACACCCCUCUCAUCUGGUAGGGGAAAUAACUCCUCUACAUGUCACAGCUUGCAGAGGGUCGUGGCCAGAGAGGAAUGGUCCCAAAGACCCCUUACCAGUUCUCAACUGUCCAGUCCAGCAAACUACAAGAGAAACAGCUCCACGCCACAGCACAACAGCUACAAAUUCAAGCCUCAUGCAAGGCAUCAUAAAAACAGAGUCAUGGGUCUGUCACCUAUCAGGUCAUCAUACUCUACCAGGGGUCGUUGCAGCAGAUCCAGUCAGAGGAAAAGAAGGAGAAGACGUAUCCACAGACUGACAGAAGAUAAUGAGAAUGUCCUCUACCAGCUUUUUGACUCCAGAGAAAGCUCGGAUGAUAUGCUGGAGGAGAGCUACACACCAGUCACACACAAUCAGUCCUCACAGGGCUUUGUCCGCAAGCGCCAAGGAGAUGGAGUGUACAAUAUCAAUGACAUUGUCAUCCCCAUGUUUCACUCUAAAGUGGAAAAGCUGCUAUACAAAGGCAUCUUAACACCCAGUUGGCGGUUAGUUGAUGUCCAGUCUUCAGUUGAGACAAAGGCAGAGGAGGAGGAAGAGUCGCAGAUAGAAGCUCUUGGAGAUGAAGUCUUUGCUCAGAGGCACAUGACUUUGGAGCACAAAGAGAAGUUGCGCUGGUCAAUCUGGGAAAAAAGGAAGCGUUAUAGACGUCCUACAAGAUCUGGCAGCAGGCUGUCAGGCAGUGUAGGCGGGAUGUGCACAUCAGGGGAGGAGAGUUCUGUGGAAUGGAGUUGGGCUCAGCUGGACGCUGAUGAACAGCCCCAGUCAGAGGAGCGGCCGCCUCAGGCACCUUGGGAGCCCAGAGUGUUUCCUUUGGAUGAGAGUGAGGAAGCUUCCCUGCUUUCUGCAGAAGAAGGAAGAGUUUCAUCAGGAUGGACAGAGUCCAGCUCAGCCUCCCACUCAUCAAAGAGCCCCAACAGCCGCAUCUCCCCAACUCAAUCGGCUUGUGCUGCACUGCCCUCUCAUGGACAGAGUGAGAGUGGCAGCUGAGGCAGCAGUGGCAGCCUUUUACAUAUCUCCUCACAUCAGAGACCAUGAGCAAACAGUGUGCCCAGGAAACCUUCAUUGGGAUAUUAACUGCACCCCAUGAAUAUACUGAUUUGAUGUAAUUAGCUAAAUACUUUGGUGGAAAAGGUGAUUUUUUUGUAUAGUGACACGUGCCACAGUAGUUUUAACUGACCUCUGUGUCUUCUGCUGCAACUUCAGGUUUAAAUGUGAAACAGGUACCAUACAUAAUCCUGACCUUCCAUAUACUUUUGUGUGAGUUUGUAUACUGUUUGUAGUUGUCAUGGAUUAUUUAUUUACACAGUUGUCUUAAAAAUGAACACAUAGACCUAUAUUAGACCUAUAUUAAUAUAACUUCUAUUUGUUUACACAUGUCUUUGAUUUCACGUGUUGUCAUUUGUCUAUGUAUUUUUGAUGAAAAAAAAGUAAAUAUUCUUAUUAGUAAACAUAGUGGAUGUCAUGUCGA